GUACGCGUAGUCGGCACAUUGUCAGGCGAUGCUCUCGCCGUCAUCACUUUCGUCUCAAUUGGACAGACCCAAGGGAGGAGGCCAGUCUUGGAGAAGCGUCGACAACCAUCAAAAGCGUCUUAUACAGGCCUUGGUACUUCGAUGGUAUUGUUGCUCCUGGUCGUGCUUGGUUGGGUGGGUAGCGUAGCUCAUGCUGCCGACACGCUAUGCUCGCUGCCUCCCGUCACCUACGCAGAUGCAAAGGUGGCACAUCCGGAUUCUGCCUUUGCACUGAGCCACCUCGAGACCUUUGGCAUCGCUACCUGGUACUCUGACCGUGAUGUCAAUGGCAACGCGACGCAGACUGCUGUGGACCUCAUCGCGACGUGUCCGGAAUCCUCGAGACUGAAUGUGGUGGUCUACGGCCUGCCUAACAAGGACUGCGACGCUGGAUAUUCAAACGGCAACGGCACGGUAAAGACCGGCAAAGACUAUGAAGAAUUUAUCACCAACCUGACAGCGCUUGUUGGAGAACGCAAAGUCCUCUACGUGUUGGAGCCGGAUGCCGUGGGUUUGCUGGCCAACAAGGGAUGUGCGGUGGAGUACGGGUAUCAGAGCAAUCUGACCGCUGCGAUCACGCUUUUAUCGAAAAAUCCGAACGCCGAAAUUUACCUCGACGUUGGUUUCUGGACGCUGGAACGAUCGGAUACGGCGUACAUCGUGGCCCAGAUUGUCAAGGAACUCGCGCAGGCUGGUCGUGUGAAGGGUAUCGCGCUCAACACGUCAAACUAUCGCUCCACUACGCAGAUCGCUGACCUGUGUACGAGCUUCCAGACGGCGGUGGGGUCCACAGACAUGCACUGCGUGAUCGACAGUUCUCGUAAUUUUCAAGAAUUUGCGGAUGCCUCCAGCUCGGAAUGGUGUAACGUGAGGAAAGCCGGCAUUGGGGCGCCGCCCACCAAUGUCACGGACUUGGAUAACAUUGACUACUGGCUGUACGUAAAGCCUCCUGGAGACAGCGAUGGAACGUGCGUGGAUCAGUCGACGGACGCUAUGCGGGGACCCCCUGCUGGUGAGUUCUUCAACGACCACUUCAUUAAGCUCUGGAACCAGGGCUACUUUGUGAACACUCAGCAGAUGGAUACCAUUUACGAUCCGAACGCUGAGACUUCAGGCAGUACUUCGCAGUGGCCUACGUCGGCUACUACAUGGGCUGUCACUGGAUUGACUACUUUCUCCUUGAUCGUACUUCACUGACGAGCAUUCAGCUGAGUAUACAGUAAUGGCAAUCUCGUUAAGUAAAAAGCUUUCGAGGUUCAGGCACGGAUUUGUGGACAAUAUCUUAUCUAAUAAAUGCAUCCACAGUGGUAAUCAAAGCGUGAUCAAUUUACACC